UAACAAUUUGCGUGUGGAGAAAAACUAUAACGUUCAAUGUAAAAACGGCAAUGUAAAAAAACAAAAACAUACGCAAACACACAGUGCACAAGAGACAUGUAACGUUCAUAAGUCAUUUAUCAUAAAAUUAUGCACGCAAAUAUUACAAAUUACGGAAAUUUGAAAAACAAUUUUGAUGAUGGCCUUUUUGGUGAUAGAAACUAAUUUAUUAUCAUUAUUAUGUAGUAAAUUUAAUUACUUAGCGUGGCGCUGCAAUCGUGCAUUGAAUAAGCAACAAGGCUUCCUCCCAGUCAAGUCAAGCCCGGCGUGCAGCGUUGUCUUCUUUUGAACCGUGCAGUCGACAGGUCGUUUCGGAAUGACUCAUGUACUGGUCCAGUGGACCACAGAAAGAUCUUGGGAUGUGUAUCCUGUACGUGCUAUCGUGGACACAGCACUUGGUUUGCAACUUUUAAAUGAAGAAGGAGCCAUCGGAGAACUACGGAACGAAGUAAUCAUUGUCAACUGGAAGGCCGGCGAAGCGCCUGCUCCGGCAAAGCUCUUGGAUUUCGGAACAGAACGGGCCAUGGAGCGGCGCCGGACCAAACUUGCGAAGUCUGGUCCACAACAUCGCAGAGGCGAGGGAGAACCCGUCGAUGAACUGCGUACGGAAAAACACCCGGGCGCAUAUGGAUGCGGCUGCAGAUCGGCCAGAAGGGUGGCAGAGUUGGAAUUUGAAGUGAAGGAACUGCAGAAGCGGCUGGGACAUGCUGAAAACAACUAUAAUUCAUACCAGAUGGUGAAACGGCUAAAGAAAUAACUUCUAGGCUUGACAGUGCAAAAGAUGUGGCGGCAGAACAGGUCAACAUAGGGGAGGGCGUCCUGGUAGACAAGGCGGUGCUCGACCGUCUCCAUGCGCACUGCAGAGGUGCUCCCGCCAAGUUCGCAAGGAGCCUUCUUCGAGAUCUCUUCAGCCCCGAGGAACUUCGGGGCAAAUCACUCUUUGGUAGAGGCAGUAAUGCCCGGAAAGCCAUGCCAACAAAGGACGAACAAGGACAAAC